AAUAUGAGUGUUGUUUACAUAGGCGUUGGUCAAUGUGGUGUACAGCUUACGAGCACUUUUUUGUCCCAAAAUAUAAAAAAUAAGACGUAAGGUCUAUUCAAAAAUCUUCCGAAUUGGAAUUUUACACUCACCUUUCACCUGUGAAUGGCUACAGACAAAUGCACAAGUGUUCCUAGAUUUAACGAGGUUGAUUGAGAAGUGUCACUCAUACCAAGCAUACAAGGAGUUUUACAUUGUAAAUUAAAACUCUUAUUUCUAAGGAUGGCACUAAUUAGCUAACCAUGCAUCCAAGCUUACAACAGUUCUGAACUAUUCUAGCCUAUGUGUCGAUAAUGACUUUUUAUGGUAAAUGAGUAAUUUACCUACCUAAAGGGAACCCACUAUAUACUAAAAUAGCGCUGCUCGAUAUUAUGAAGAUCACUGUAAGCUUAAUUGGUGCGACGAUUAUCAUCCAUUUCGGUACUCCAUAAUUUCUGUGUCAUCUUUGCGUUAAAAGUGCUACAAACAGUUUCGAUUAAGGCUGAAGUCUUUCGAAAGACUAUCAUCAUGCGAAACUUUAUUUGAAUAUAAGAGAAAUAAACAUUCCAGUUUUUUGACUCUACAAACAUUUAUAUAUACAUAUAUACUGACUAAAGUAAUACGAGAAAAUGGAGCGAUGCCUUAGGACUCUAAACAAGUAACUUACUCUAUGUUUACUUAAAUACGGAAAAUCAUUCAUAUAAUAUUGCCGUGAUGCUUGUGCAUUUUAUCUCCAGAAAGCCUGUAAGUUUUAGACACAGGUAUCCCUAUGAACCACGCUGAAUUGUUGAUAUUCGAAAUCUCGUGCGAUUUAUGAGAAAAAAGCAGGAAGUUGGAAAACAAGCGGUAAUCAGGAGAAACAUAUGAUAUCAAUGGGAAAAGUGUGGAAAUCAUGCAUAAAAAGAGCGAUCGUAUUGCGAAAUUAUGCUUAUUCCGGGAAAAAGACCCAUUUAGUUGCAAAUUCUGCUUCAUUCCACCUUUUCAUCUGAAUCAUAGUCUCAUUGACCCCUUUUUAGCCGACCAGGCAGCCCAGAAUAAAAAGGUAUAAUUUGGUGUGUUUGUUUGCAAAACCCAUGGUGUUAGUGCAUGGUUGUGGUCAUAAUUAUGACCAUAAUCAUAUUUUAUAAAAUAUGAUUAUUACGAACUGAAGAGAUUCUUAUGGCUUUAUAUCACCAUUGUCAGAACUUACUUUCGGUCUAAUUAGAGAGUUUGUAUUUUUAAUAUUCAGAUUUAAAAUGAGGGCAUUUGGAACACUAGAAAUUGGUAAAGGGUUGCUGACAUACAGCAGAAAAUACUGGACCCAGGUUUCAUACUUGGCAUUUACCAGCAAUACAUAUCUGCAGCUUUGAAUGAUGUGAUGUCCCCACUGGACUAAAACGUGCUACAUCCAUUGCGGCAGUCAUAUUCCUUAUCACUGAGCUAUUUAUCCAUGUGAUUGGCGCGAGCUCGAAUACCUAAGAGAACAUCACUUCCUCCGAAUUUACGAAUCCAUCUAACUGAUGUGUAUCAGUAAUUGCGAAACAAGGCCUGGGGCUUCCUAAUGAUUGCCUCUAGUCAUUUCGAGGUGCAUCACAAUGGCGAUGAUGACGUUAUUCUGCCCAUUUAAACUUGUUUUUCUAGGAUGUUCUGUUUGGAAGAAAACAACAUGCGCAACGUGUCUUAAAAAUUAUCGUUGAGUAUGGAAGGGGUAAAAAGGUGUCACAAAAUCAAGGUAACAGAUAAAUCAUAAGGUCACUUGAUACAGUCACAAUGUUAACCUGUAAAAGUAAACAAAAAGCUAACAUGGGUUAACGUUUAACUGCGUACAAGACCAAAUGUUAGUGUGGAGACGCCCAUGACGACCUAAUGGAGAAGGAAUAUGUCUCUCCCUUCACUUUGUUGUUUCUUAAAAAUGCAUCAAAACUCUAUUACCUCUUGAUACUACAUGCUGUUUUUUAUUUCUAAUCCUGCGUUGUUCCCUAACUUAGAAGAAUUAGUGAUGUCUUGACAUCCGUACAAAUGUUUUGUGGUUUCAGUAAUAGUCAUUCACAUCUAUCGCUAGUAACUUGUUAACCUCAUGGGCAUGCACUUAACAGAGGCAUUAUCACCCGAAAUUUAUCGUGUAAAUAUAGACACUAGUUGCUUGCCAUGAAAAAGUCACCACGAAGUCAUAGACUCUGACCUAAUUUUUGUGUGUUAUAAAGCAUAAUGACUGAACAAGUAAACUGCGUUCAGAUGUGUUGAUUAUUACCGUUGCUCGUUAAAAUAUUGUAAGCUCGGUAAAAAUAAACCGGAAUAUAAAGUUUUUCACUUCUGAAAUAUCAGAUAUUACAUCGGAGUUUAUUCAUGAAUUGCUGUGAGAAUUUAUUUUAAGGAGUUUAUUAGGUCGUUUAAAGUAGAAGAAAAACGUUUGGUUUCAGCAGGAGUGAAUAUGAUUGCUGGUCACAAAAUUUAAGUUUGCAUUUCAUCUAUGGCACAAAGUUUUAAAUAGCACACUUUGAAGUUACCAUAGUUAAAACUAAGAUUCUGCUGUGUCAAAUUAACCUUAAUGAUUUCAUAUAAACUUGAAAAUCCAUCUUAGUAAUGUUUACACUUAUUUACUUCUGCUUACAGAGACUCAUUUUUAUUGGAUGAAGUUGGUCAGUUCAAAGGUAUUCUUGUUGAUUCAGAAUCUAAAACAUAUUAUCAUACUGCCAAUAAGCUUAAUCUACAGCAUGUUUUCUACUUACAUUCAGUAUAUUAGUGAUAACUUGUGAUUUUUAGUCAGUACUUUCGCAAAUACAAUGUGAUUCUUGGUCGUAGAGGACGUGGUUCAAACUGGGCUCAUGGUAGUGUAUUUCUCAUACCUAGAAAAAUUUAUUCGAUUACAAGGUUACUAUGAUGAUACAAAAGAUGACUGUUUACUUGAAGAAAGUGUGGAGUCCGUCAGAAGACAAAUUGAGAGGAUCGAUAUUUCUCCUGGGAUUUGUCUCGUUCACAGUUUGGCUGGUGGAACAGGUUCAGGGUUUGGAUUACGCUUACUUGAAGAAGCACAAGAUAACUUAGGCGUCCGUCUAUGUUUAACUUUUAGUGUUAUGCCAUACUGCUAUGGGGAGUCUCCACUUCAAGCAUACAACAUUUUGCUGUCUUUGGCUGGGUUGACGCGCAUAGCAGACGGUAUUGUUCUGUUGUACAACGAUUGGUUGCUUGCUCAAGUACAGCUGAAUUCGACCAGUGAAAACAAAACGAAAACAACAACACGUGUUUUAGAAAACGUUACUGGUAUUAAUAAUUUGGCGGCCGAACAAAUGACUAAUUUACUUGCACCGUGUAGUUCAAUGGAUUCAUCAGAAUCACACGAAGAAGAUAAGAACAAUGAUGCUUACUAUCUAGAACCAUGGGCUAUUUGUCAGACACUGACUCCGUUAUGUGAUGUAAAGUUUGUAAGGUGUAUAUCAAGCGAUGAUAGAAAGCAUAUUACACAGUGCAACUGGGUUCAUAUGAUAGAAGAUUUACAAUUUAAAUUAUGCCAUUGUCCAACUCAUUCCACAUGGAGUUUGAAUAAAACUUCCACAUCGGCAGGUUGUCAGCCAAAUAAUUGUAUUUCUGCACUAUUGAUUUACCGUAUGCGAAAGCCUUCAGAUUUAGUUUCUGCACAAUCGUUAGUUCCAAGAAAAUUGAAUUUUGUUAAAAAUACUAAGAAACCAUUCCCAUUUCCUAGCUCCCAGGAUAGACGACUGUGA